CAUAUAUAUAUAUAGACCUCAAAGUCCAGUCCACCACUCUCUGCUUCUUGGUUCUUCCUCACCAACACAAACCACAGAAAAAACCCUCAAAAUUUCAAGAGAACCGAAAUUUAUUUACUAGAGAAUCAUUCUUCCUUCUAUUGUGGUUUGUGAUUUCGUGUUUUUUAUUUUUUAUUUUUGGAUUUUGAGGUUGUUGGGUUCUGGAUAUUUGAUCAACAUACAUGGUGUCGGUGUAUCCGAAUCCACCACCGGAUCAGAAUUUUACCUAUUUUUACAGUUACAUGGGUGGGGAUCCGAUGAAGAUUCCGGGUGUGAAUAGGAGUGAUGGUCAUUUGCUUCAAGCGACGGCGAUCGGGAAUGUAGGUUCUGCAGUUGAUGAUACUAACAAGAAGAUCCGAAAGCCGUACACGAUUACUAAGUCGAGAGAGAGCUGGAGUGAGCAGGAGCAUGACAAAUUCCUUGAAGCCCUUCAGUUAUUUGAUCGUGACUGGAAGAAGAUCGAAGCAUUUGUCGGGUCAAAGACUGUUAUCCAGAUCCGCAGCCAUGCUCAAAAAUAUUUUCUGAAAGUCCAGAAAAAUGGGACAAGUGAGCAUGUACCUCCUCCACGCCCAAAAAGAAAAGCAGCUCAUCCUUAUCCACAGAAGGCCCAAAAAAAUGUUCUGCCUCAAGCCACAGGAGUUUUGCAACCUUCAGCUGCUCUGGAAUCUGGAUAUGCUGUCAGACCGGAUUCACUUUUGAUACCCAGGAAAACAAUUGGUAAUGCACCUGUCCCUUCUUGGACUUACAAUGCUGUACCAACAGGAUGUUUGUCACAUAUUUCAAAAGAUGAUACUGGAUUAGCCAAUAAUUAUAGCAGCAGUAGCAAUGAGAGCACACAUCGCGUAUGGACAUCUGAUGGUACACAAGGAAACCUGAAAGUGGAACAGUACAACACAGCGAGAGUUAUGCCAGAUUUUGCUCAAGUUUAUCACUUCAUUGGCAGUGUUUUUGACCCUUGUGCAAGUGAUCACUUGCAAAGAUUAAAGAAGAUGGAACCUAUAAACGUUGAGACGGUGUUGAUGUUGAUGAAGAAUCUUGCAGUCAAUCUGGUGAGCCCUGAAUUUGAAGAUCAUAGGAGGUUGUUAUCAUCCUAUACUGGUGUUGGUACUGAAAGCAAUGGCACGGGGAGUACAAUUCCAUCUGUAUGAAGUUCUCGAAAAGCAAAUGUGAACUCUCAUAUCCAGAAUUCUAUAGCUCCUUACUGUUGACGAGCUUCCGUUAAACUGGGCAGCACAGCCGGACAAGUUUCUGAAGAUUAUUGGUUCUGCCGUCAGCUUAAAGCUCACAAUAUCCAGUGACCAUGCACGCGUUCACGUGAUCAUCUACUGCAGCUGCUUUAAUUUAUUGAUUUAUCUUUAUGUACAGAACUGGAAGGGUGUGUGCCAGUGGAUUGGAUUUUGAGUCUUUUUGACCAAGGAAAUAUCUGGAAAUUAUAGCUUGUACUUGUAUAGUGAGUGGGAGUGGGGAGCAUCUUCAGUUUUCACGUGUGUGUACAUCUGUUGUAAACAUGUCCUACGAAGUGUUCUCCCGCUAAUAAAUAAUAAAAAUGUUGUGGAUCGGGCAGUAUGUCUACCUGAUCGAAUAGGACAAAUAGAUAGCCUUCUGCAGUUCUUGCAGCCAUGUACAGUUUGAGGCCCUACGCCUUGAAACAACACUUCUCUGUUCCUGUUCUUGAUAUUUACUAUGGUGUGAUAUUACCAUCUUUUUC